UUUAAAAUGUCCACAUGCACUUAAAGAUGAUGUACAUUGACUUAAUUCUGCCUAAAAUUAUCAAAUACCAUCAAUGCUUACCAACAUUUGCAACACUUAUAAUUUGAACGCACCGAAUUUAAAGCCGGCCAAGGCCUGUAACAUCAGUUGCAUUUAGCAAAUUUUUUUUUAUGGGAAAUUCAUGUGUAAUAAUCAAGCAAAAAAUCGAAUUCGUAAAUACAAAUAGCAACACUUAUGCCACUGUUUACCGCGAUGAAGUGCGCGCAUAGAAUACUAAUUAAUAAAUAUCAAUUGUCAUCACCCAUCGAAACCGGCCCACAUGAAUACAUACGUAUACGUUCAUACAUACGUAUACGUACAUAUAUAUAUAUAUAUAUAGAUGGAUUUGGAUGUGUCGCAAAUGUGGACAAGUGUGGUGGCACGCACAGCUCAGCAGCUGCGUAAUGAAUUUUGCAACAAAUAUUUUGUAAAUAGAUAAAUGUGCAGUGCUAAAUGUAAUGGUUAGGAGCAAUUGAUUAGUUUGUUCAAAAAUUAGUUUAAUUCGAAACUCAGGAGGAACAGUAGGAAGAUGCAAAGUGUAAUACGGGUUAGCGUUUUCAUACUAGCCGUGUGUUGGAUAGUGCAGGAACAAGGCACGCAAGCUUUGAUUCACGACAUCAUCGACAUAAUUGAUCUGCAAAGCUUGAAUUUAGCGAAUUAUGAAUAUUUCCGCAAUUUGCCAUCGCAGAAUCCUAAAACUGCCGCCAAAGCAAAUCUUUUCCGUGAACACUUUCAAAAGAAGAAGGCUGUGUUGGACUAUAUAGAGCACCUAUUUCUAGGCACUUCGCCUUUUUCACAAGAAAGCGAAAUACCUUUUAAUCCACAUUUGGGGCGCGCAUGGCGUCCAUAUUUCGAACGGAAGUAUGGAAAGCAUGGCGCGAACUUAGUAGAUAUGUUGGGCAGAGGUUAUUCAUUGCAGCAGCUGAGGCAACAAGGUGCUAUUCCAAAGGACUUCGGCACACCAUACUAUCCAACGCGGUAACUGGAAAUUAUUGUAGAAUAAAGCCUAGACGUAUUUUUUGUUAUUUAUUAUUACUUUAAUUAUACUAAGCAUUAUGAAAGUAAAAACCGCA